AACAAUUAUGAUGCGCAUGUUUGUGUACUACUGGCUGCCAGGCGAUAACGAUGAGCAAGAUCAUCCGAACGCCUUUGAAGUGGGGCAUGCAGGAUCUGGCGUCAAACUGAAAGACAUCCGCGCCGCCUUCCCUCUUCCGGGCCAGUACCAUUUUCGCUUCAAGAUGAAGUGGGAGUCGAGUGCUCUGUGGAUGGAUGUGACCAAUGAGGAGUCCAUGGUGCCCAUGUUCGAGGACAAAGUUCUGGCCAAGGUGCUGAGGGUGAAUUGGGGCACUGCCAAGUCAGCUGCCAAAUCCGCGCCCUCUGCCUCACCAGACACCUCGCCCAUGGCUUCAGCGCAUUCCGAGGACUUGCUGGGCGACAGCUCUGCUGCAGGCGCUGCUAGCCCGGCCAAAGGCUCAGUCAGCCCGCGGAAGCACGACGAGUUCGACAUGCUCUUCAGCUGAGGCAUCCGUCCCGGCUGCUCGGAGCGCCGUUCCGGGCCCCCGAGUUCGCCGAGGCUAACACCAUCCCAAAGCGGAUUUGUGUGAAGGCCGAAGGUCCGAAGGCGAG